AUGACUGCUCAUGAUGUUGUUGGUGGGGUAGGCGACUGUAUUGGCCUCCAGAGCAACGCAACACGCAUCAUCGGACGAUGGGGCAACGGGGCGAUCCACGAAGCCCUCCGUGACUGGGUCGUCACCGCAAAGGAGAUUCAGAUCCACAACUCGUCCGGCGGCCGGAUCAUCCGCCAGGAUCUCUCGGAGGUGUGCAAGCAGCACAACUACCUCCUGCCGCGCUCAGAGCUGAUCCGGGUGAUGUAUGAGCACGCGCGCAAGAUCGGCGUGGAGAUGACGCUUGGCGUGGACGUUUCCGACCCUGUUGAAGAUGAGCAGGGCGCCAGCGUGCUCGUCACGGCGCGGGAUGGCACAAGCGAGCGAGUCCGCGCGGACUGUGUGAUCUGCAGCGACGGGGUACACAGCAAGAUGCGCCAGGCGAUUAUGCGUGGGCAGCCCGUCGAGCCGCGGCCGUCGGGCUAUGCGGCCUUCCGGGCGUUGGUCAAUAUCGACCGACUUAGGGCAGAUCCAGAGGCCAGCUGGGUGUUUGAGGGGGUGGAGCAAGCCGACCGAUUCGACGUCUUCUUCCUCUCUGGUGCCCAGAUCGCCCUGCAGUCGUGUAACAAGGGCAAGGUCUUUUCGUGGUUCUGCAUCCACCAGGACACGCGCAACCUCCUCGACGUCUGGACAUCGACGGCCGACCCUAACGAAAUGCUCAACCUAAUCAAAGACUGGCCCAUCGGCGCGCGCCUCUGGUCUGUUAUCCGCCACACACUUCCCCAAAAGUUCAUCAACUACCCGCUCUUAAACCACGAACCGCUCUCGCACUGGGUCUCCAGCGGUGGCCGCCUCAUCCUCAUCGGCGACGCUGCGCACCCGCUCUCCCCGGCCGCCGGGCAGGGUGCAUCCCAAGGGAUCGAGGACGCCAACGCGCUCGCGACCACGCUCUCUCUCGCUGGACAGGAACGGGUGCCCCUCGCCCUCCGGGUGGCGGAGCGCAUUCGCUACGCGCGGGCUUCGGCUGUCCAGCUCAUCAGCCACCGUUCGAACGAGGGGUGGCGGAACCAGGACUGGGACGCGUUUGCGGCGGACGAGGAGAAUGUGGCCUCGCUGCCGCUCGAGACGUGGAUUUUCGGGCAUGAUAGCCAGGCGUAUACAGAGCGGGAGUUUGAGAGGGUUGCCAGGGCAGUCCGCGAGGGCCAAAAGUAUCGACCGACCAAUUUGCCGGAGGAGCUGUGGGGGGAGCUGGCGCUGGCCCAGUAUGCUUAG